AUGAUGCACACUUCAGCAUCCAUGGUGACCGGGAUUGUCUUUGCCCCUUUGGGACUGGUCCUUGUCUUCACUGCCGCCAUCACCCCUCAGUGGAGAGAGGGACAGGCGCGUCUGGGCAUGGCAGGAGGAAAAGGUCACUGGAUGGGGGUCAGGUCCGGGUCGGUGGAGUCGCUGCUCUUACUGCGCUCUGAUGGACUUUGGGAGAGCUGCCUGCAGGUGGAGCACUCAGAGCUGAAACAGUGCUGGCCCGUGGCAGGUCCAUAUCGGAGAGACCCGAGGGUUCGCCUGGCACAAGGUUUGAUCCUGACCUCGUUGUUCUUGUGUGGCACUGGCAUUGUACUGGCGUGUAUCGGGGUCCGGUGUUGGACAGACAUACCUCUGAGAGGUGUAGCCGCUACAGGUGGACUCCUGGUGGUGAUGGCCGGGCUUCUGAGCCUGACUGCACUCGGGGUGUACACCCACAACCUUGCAAGACUGGGGAUGGAAGAUCCAAGUAAGGGGAUCGGUAACCCCAGGUUCCCCCACCUCAGCCUGCAUCCAGCCGGCUCGCUCUACUUUGGGUGGCUGGGUUCAUGUUUACAGAUGCUGGGAGGCACUGCUCUGCUCUUCAGCUUCAAACGACCAAGAUACCCGACUUGCCCUUCCUGCCCAAAGCUACCCGUCUGCCCUGCAUGUCGUUCAUGUCCCAAGAUCACCAACCAGCCGGACAGCGAUGCCUAUGAAGUCACCUGUUAG